CGGUUGAUUUAAUUCGUUAACGCCGUGUUGCCAAACCAGAAAUUCGUCAAAGCACAUUUUGGCUUUUGACUUUGACAAUAUGCACACUCCUUUUUGAGAGGUUAUAGUGGAGGAAAGCAUUAAUGUUUAGAGAUCAUCAAGCCAGUAUUUUCCUCGUUUCUCUGGCUUAGAGCAAUUGAAUUAGCAUGCGGAUUGAAGCGUGUUAUUUUUGUUCGUCCCGGAUAUUUCCGGGACAUGGAAUCCAAUUCGUGAGAAAUGAUUGCAAAGUAUUCAAAUUUUGCCGAUCAAAGUGUCACGCUGCCUUUAAAAAGAAGAAAAAUCCACGCAAAGUUAAGUGGACUAAAGCCUAUAGGAAGACUGUUGGUAAAGAGUUGGCCAUCGAUCCUUCGUUUGAGUUUGAAAAAAGGAGACACGUUCCUGUAAAAUAUAGCAGAGAAACAUUCUCAAAGGCCGUUGAAGCAAUGAAGAAAGUUGAAACAAUCCGACAGAGACGGCAGGGGGCUUAUAUUAUGCAAAGAUUACGAAAGGGCAGAGAAUUAGAACAAGAACGGGAUGUUAAGGAAGUUCAAAGAGAUCUUGCUCUUAUCAGAUCGCCAGCGGCAGGCCUUAAGAGAGCGCAACAGGAUCAAGAAAUGGCGGAAGAAUCUAAUAACGACAGUGAAAACGAGGAAGAUAUGGAAGGAGUUGUAGAGUACUGCGGAGAAGUUACUUUGUAAACAUGUGUUAUUAAAGUAAUGUCACUGGA